GAGGGUUUAAUUUCGCAUAAUAAAAAAAAAAAAAAAAAAAUAUUUCGAUAAUAAAAAGUGUUUGGUUUGAUUAAAAUGAAUUUGUAAAUAUCGGUUGUUGAGAAAAUUAAUUUCUAAUAAGAUUAAUUUAUUAGAAGAAGAAAUUUUCUUAUUUGUUGUUUUUUUUUGUACUAACUCUAGGUACCAAAACUUAAUUAUUUUACUUUAAAAGUUUUUGUUUCUAAUGAUUUGGAAUUUGCUUAUUUAAAAUGGAUUCUUAAUAAUUUCAAUCAUAUCCGAAAAUUUAAACUUCAUCUUCAAAUUGAUAGAAUGCAUUCGCGCUCAGCUGCAACGAUUAACGAAUAUGUUGAUGCAAAUUUUAUUCGUCAACAUUGUUUACCUGAUAUAAUUAUCAAUCUAACAGAUUUUCACUUUUAUAUCGUUUCCGAAUGUCAAUUAUUCUCGAAUAAAAUUGAACAAAUAAUAAAUUCAUUUAAAAUUCAUCAAUUUUUUGUUUCACAUCAAUGGACAAAUGUAACUUGUUUCUAUGAUCGAUUUAUUUCAUGUCAACAUCUUUCUUCUUCUAUUGUUAAUAGACCUCAAUUUAUUAAUGGCUUUGUUUAUUAUCCAAAUAUUUUUACUUGGCCACAUAUUCAAGAUGUUUCGAUUGCUUUGCAUCCAUCUCUUUAUUUACUUCUUGAACGAUUCGAUGAAAUAUUUCCUAAUAUUUCUCAUAUUAAAGUUAAUACAGGUUAG